AAAGGGAAAAAGCAUUUUCAGGCUUUCAGCUCUUCCAGCUUGCUGAAAAUAUGCAUGUCCAGAGGCACAUGCUUUUGUAUUCCUGGAUACAUGAAGAUGAUUUCGAUGGCCCUGAGGCUUUCCAGGAUCAGAUGGAUGAUGAAGGUAAAAAUUCAGCAUGACGCUGUUUAUCUGAAAAUCAAGAUGAAAUCAAACGCGAUGUUGUUCAUCUGAAUCUUGAUGAAGUCCUGAGUCCGACCCAUGUUAGUCGGCUCGUAGCUCAUGGAUUUCUUCUCACGUGAGGCCCAUAUGUAUUGGGCCGGUUGGUUUAUGGGCCUUAGUUUCUUAUGCGGCACAUAAGUCCCAACCUGUAUCCGUCCCCACCUGUCAGUACUUAUGUUUUGACUUUUUGACCCACCCAAACUCAUUCUCACCUCAUCACCGGGCACCGGCCAUGGCGCCUUAUCCAUUACCGCCGCCGUCGCCGCCGCAGCAGCAGCUUCCUCCGGCGAGCAGCAGCAAGCCGAGGAGGCCACCGCCUCAUCGCUCCCAUGGCGGCUACAAGAACGGCACCGUCUCCGUGGAUUCCGGCGCCCCUCACGACGCCCGAGGCCUCCGGGCUCUCAUCAAGGCCUUGGCCGCGGAGCACGGCGAGGCCGCGCCGGCCGUGCACGCCCACGCGGCCAAGCUCGGCCUCGACCGCCGCCGCGCCGUCCGUGACGGGCUCGUCGAGCUCUACCUCGCUCGCGGCGAGCUCGCCUCCGCGCGGGCGCUCGUCGACGGGUUCCCCGCCGGCCGGGACGUCGUCUCUUGCACGGCCAUGGUGACCGGCCACGCGAGGCACGGGUUCUUGGACGAGGCCGUGGUGCUGUUCUUCGCCAUGGCGGAUGACCGCUGCGUGGCCAUCGACGCCGUCGCCGCCGCCGCGGCGUUCUCGGCGUGCGCGCAGAUCGGGGACCUCGCGCUGGGUCGGGAGGCGCACCGGCGCGUCGCGGAGAGGAAGGUUGCUAUGGAUGUCGUCGCGUGGAACGCGCUGGUUGACAUGUACGCCAAGUGCGGCGACGCGGCGGCGGCGCACCGGUGGUUCAGGAGGAUGCCCGUGAAGAAGAACGUCGUCUCCUGGAACACGAUGAUGUCCGCGUUCGCGCGCGCCGGUGAGCUCGAGGAGGCGCUCGCGCUGUUCCAGGAGAUGCAGGCCGCGGCGGUGCGCCCGGACGACGCGACGUUCGUCGCCGCCCUCGGCGCGUGCGCGCAGCUCGGCGCGCUGGACACCGGCAGGUGGUUGCACGCAUACAUGGGGAGGAUGGGGCACAGCGCCGACGGCGUCGUCGGCAACGCGCUGCUUGACAUGUACGCCAAGUGCGGCGCGGUCGACCAGGCCACGGAGGUGUUCGACGGCAUGGCGCGGCGAGACGUGUACACCUACACAUCCAUGAUCCUGGGGCUCGCAAUGCACGGCCGCGGCGAGGACGCCCUGUCUCUAUUCGCCGGCAUGCAACGAGCCGGCGUGACGCCGAACGAGGUGACCCUCCUCGGCGUCCUCACGGCGUGCUGUCACGCCGGACUUGUCGAGGAGGGGCUCCAGCAACUCAACGCCAUGCCGGAACCUCGCAUCGAGCACUACGGCUGCGUCGUCGACAUGCUCGGCCGCGCCGGGAGACUAGACAAGGCAGAGGAGCUCAUCGCGGCAAUGCCAGUACACUCCGACGCGCUCAUCUGGAGCUCGCUGCUCGCCGCAUGCCGCGCGCACGGCGACGUCGAGCGCGCCGAGCGGGUGAUGCGACGGCGCGUGGCCGACGCGGACGCCGGCGACUACGUGCUCAUGUCGAACACGUACGCGUCGAAUGGCCGGCACGGUGAGGCGGUGAAGGUGAGGGGGCAGAUGAGGAGGAACGAGAUCGACAAGGUCCCCGGCUGCAGCCUCAUCGAGAUCGACGGCGUCGUGCACGAAUUCAAAGCAAUCCCAGCAAAUUCCAUCCGAUAAAACCACAACAAGAUUCAUCAAAGAACAGAUUAUCCGAUUGAUCACUGUAGAUAACAAGAUUCAUACAACCAACGACGCAAGAUUUUCACUGGAAAUUUUCUAGUACUAGUUGUACAUGAGAUUUCAGAAGGCAUUAUUUGGCUUUA